UGCGUCGUUUGUGACAGUCGAGGAAUCAUCCAUUUUCUCUGGUAUCUGUUUACUUCUUCUUCCUUCUGUGUGCGCAUCUGUUUCUCUCUCGAUAGUCGUCAAUCGCCGAUCUUGUUACUUCAUUUCCCGCUAGUUGAUUGGUACAAGCGUUUCAUCAAAUGGUUGGAGGAGGAGUUAUCCAGCAGCUUCUAAGGAGGAAACUUCAAUCCCAAUCAGUCGCAACUCCGGUCUUGUCAUGGUUUUCUUCGAAGAAAGCUAGUGAGGAUGCUGGGUCUGCUGGUUUUAGAGCAUUUGCCCUUAUGGGUGCUGGUGUUACAGGAUUGUUGAGUUUUUCUACAAUAGCAUCUGCUGAUGAGGCCGAACACGGCUUGGAGUCUCCGAACUACCCUUGGCCACAUGAUGGCAUUCUCAGCUCAUACGACCAUGCUUCGAUCCGUCGUGGUCACCAAGUGUAUCAGCAAGUCUGUGCGUCUUGCCACUCGAUGUCUCUGAUCUCAUACCGAGAUUUGGUGGGCGUUGCUUACACAGAGGAAGAAGCAAAGGCAAUGGCAGCUGAAAUCGAGGUUGUUGAUGGACCAAACGAUGAGGGUGAGAUGUUCACCCGACCCGGUAAACUCAGUGACCGGCUUCCUGAACCAUACUCGAAUGAGUCAGCUGCAAGGUUCGCCAAUGGAGGAGCUUAUCCACCUGAUCUAAGUCUUAUAACUAAGGCACGUCACAAUGGCCAAAACUAUGUCUUUGCUCUUUUGACUGGUUACCGUGAUCCUCCUGCUGGAAUUUCGAUAAGAGAAGGGUUACACUACAAUCCUUAUUUCCCUGGUGGAGCAAUCGCUAUGCCAAAGAUGCUUAAUGAUGAAGCUGUGGAAUAUGAAGAUGGAACUCCUGCAACAGAAGCACAGAUGGGUAAAGAUGUUGUAUCAUUCUUGUCCUGGGCAGCUGAACCAGAAAUGGAAGAGAGGAAAUUGAUGGGUUUCAAGUGGAUCUUUUUAUUGUCUUUGGCUCUACUCCAAGCUGCAUAUUACAGGAGACUGAGAUGGUCUGUUCUCAAAUCCCGUAAGCUUGUUCUCGAUGUUGUGAACUAAGCCCGAGAAGAGCAGUUUUUUUUUUUCUUUAAAUUUCUAUGGUUAAUAAGGAUAAUGGGUAAAAAAGUUGAAUCCCACUUUUUUUUUUGUCUCACAAAUAUUUGAAGGGAAAAUUCUGUUUUUGUUGUUAUUAUUUAUCGUUUUAGACAUUCUAAUGAGGGGAAAAUAAGCACAAAAGCUUUUUUCCAAAACUCAUAUCACACAUGAUUUUGAGAUUCUAUUUUUUUUAAUCCUCUUUGUUUGUUUGUCUCCUAAACCGGUCUCAUCCGGUUUGCCUCAAUAAAAAAUGUGGGUUCUCCAAUCUAUUUGUAAUAUCUAUACUUCACCAAACUUCGAAAUUGUAACAUUUGGUAUUUAUGGAAUGGUGGAAGCUUUGAAUUUGAUAGUUAA